AUGGGCACCGCCGCGCCAUGGAACACCGCAUAUGCUGUCCUCCCGCUCGAGUCGUCGUCAGAUUUGGUCCUUGCCAAGGCUGUGAAUGGCACUUACUUCCCCGCCCCGCCCCAUGCCGUCCCGAGCUACCCACGUGGAUUCAGCAGCAAGCCAGGAAUUACGCCCGGUACCGGGGGCCUGGCCACCGCACUCGGCGCUCCUACUGAUGCUGGCAUUCCGCUCAUUCGCUGGGAUGUGGCGCCCAUCUUUGAUGUGACAGAGUCGACUAUUGGCGUCUCGUUCUGGUUUCGGUACACUGGGCGUGUUGCGUCCGGAGAGUCGACGGCCAAGACCUCGAUCUUCGCCUCGCAUCUUCCGAGCGACCACACAUACACUGCCGGCGCUGGCGUGCCGGCUGUCUUUCCGAUUCUCCUUUUCUCCUCCGAGUUCUUUAACGUCACCAUCAACUCGGACAAGGGCGACGUGGCCCUCAUCGGCGGCGGGGUUACCGCCAACGACCCGGCACUCGGCAAUGUGCUCGACGGCCACGCCCACUACAUUGUUGCUCGCGUCAUCGACCACAUAGACGCGGCCGUCAUUUCUGUAGACGGCGUGGCGAUCGAUGCCGACAUCCCGGGUAUUCGAAGCAACGCUCCUGUGACCUCGUCCGAGCCAGCGUUCUUCUGGGCCGAGAUCGACGCUGUCCUCGACCACAUCACCGUUGGCUCGAUGCCUUACCGCAUCUUCGGGGGCAAGAUCUACUCCUGGGGCGGUAUCCACACCCAGGACCUCGAUGCUGCGUGGGACAUGGCGCUCGCGCUCAAUCCAACGCACUUUUACAUCCACCCAGACACCGCCGGCACUGCUGCGAUUGACUACGGCUCCUCACCGGCCACAGCUACCAUCAUCGGUCCGCCGCCACCAACAGUGCCUACCUCACGUGCGCUGUCGCCGUUCACCCAGCCGUUCCCUGUCGGCCCGGGGUACGUGUUUUCGGCCACCGGAGCUGCGCCGUCACUCACCUUUUCAUUCUCGGCUUGGAUCUACCUCUCGUCGUCGGCACGUCUCGCCGGCGCCACCCACGCGGUUGCAUAUGUCCAGGACAUGUUUUCACUUGAGAUUACACCGUCGGGCACACUGCGGCUUGAAGCAUCGGUUCUGCCGGGCCCGCUUGAGUCCGAUGCCUCAUUUGACCUCCGCGAUGCCGCCUGGCAUCAUGUUGCGGUCGUUCAGGAGAGCAGCAACACAUCAGUUUGGAUCGACGGCUCGGUGGUGGCCCACGGGGUGCCAGACCUAGCCGGCGCAGCUGCAGCAACCUGGACGACGUCUCGAGGCGCGUCCAGCCCACUGGUUCUUGGCGCCAACCCUAGCACUGGUACUUCGCUCUGCGCCGACUGCGGCCUUGACAUUGUCACGCUGUUUGAUGACUUGGCGCUCUCGAGCCAGGCUAUUUUUGACCUCAACCUCGGCUAUCGCAUCGGAUCGCGGGCCAACCCGGCAUGGACUUGCAAUCAUGUUGCCGCACAAUGGCCGCGCGCCCGCCACCCGUUUAUCUCGGUCUUUGGGCGCUUCGAGUACGAGACUACACCAAUCAAGCGGACGGUGUGCGACCUUGCCACCGACGGCGGCGGCUGGCGGCGGCUUCUUGCCUGCGCUCACGAUGCCAGCGGCGCGUUGGUCUUUGACUGGCCGCGGCGUGUCACCUUCCGCUCUGCUCCGCAGGGAACGCAUGUCGGGCGGCUGACAACCGAGCUCCAAAUCCGCGCCACUUUUAAUGACUCUUCGACGGUGGGCGGGGAGCUGCAUGCGGCGACCGCAUCGGCGCCGGGAUCUACGCUCGACAACUGGGCGACUGACGGCUCGUCGACUCGUCCGAACGCGGUCAACCGUCUCGUACUGGGCCAGUCGAUCGACCGCCUCUCCACUUUUCCGGCGUCAGAGUGGAGCUACGUCGGGACACGGCUGACCGCAAGUCAUCUGAGCUACACACCCGGGCCCAGUGGUGCGGCGGAGUUUGUCCAGGCCCCAUACGGUCACGACUCGGACGCCGAUCUCCACAUUGUGAAGCCUGGCGAGCUGGGCGAGCCGAUAGGCCGAUGCGAUGUUACCGGCUCGGGCCCGCUCGAUGGGUUUGAGAUCUGGAUUCGUGCCAGCCCAGCUGCCUUCACCAACACACUUGCGGUUUCUGCCAUCGACUAUGAGGGACUGGCAUACCUGUACGAGUCGAGCGUCCGAGCUCUGACUCACCUCACGACCCAGUCGCUGUCGUGGUCCGAUACCCACAUCAUGCCGGCGACCGAUGCCGACUUUCUCAUUGUCAACAGCGAGGACUCGGGUGGGACGGCAAACAUCUGCGCCGGUAUCCUGCUCAGCACCGCGCGCACGGCGUACUACGUGCCGGACGCCUGGCGCUGUACGCCGACGUCGAGCCUCGCCGACUUUGACGAUGUCAUCACCGUCUUGCCGGACACCUCCUCUUGGGGCUCAGUGCAGACGAUGUCGGUGGCGGUAGCAGGCCAGCAUGUGGCGCCGUGGAAGCCAUUUACGUUUGCGCCCUGGUUUGCGCGCUGGGUCAAGUCCAAGGAGACAAGCGCCGCGUCGAUGGUAUGUGUUGUCCGACUCCGCUGCCCGGCGGUAGACCGCAGCCACGGAAACCUGCUCUGCUCGCAUGGCUCUGGCGUCGAUUCCGAGUGUUCGCUCGUCUGCGAUGCCGGCUUUGCACUGCAGUAUGGACCAGCUAUCGCAAAAUGUACGACGGACGGGUGGCAGCCGGCACCGCUCGGCAUCUGCCUCCCGUCGUCGUUUGUGGCCUCACCGCUGGCGACCGGCUCCGGCGGCUCCUCGCUUGCCCUGUUGACGGCCACCGUCGAGUACGGGUCCUCGCUCGCGGCAGUCCGCGAUGCCUCGGGCGCGCUGGCGGUGGCUGUCGGUGACGCUGGGGCUGACGUUGCCUUUGUGGGCACCUACUCGGCAACAGGAGGACUCGACAUCUCGCCAUCUUCCAACGCCAGCGCGCUAGCGAACGGAACUCGGUUUGGUGAAGGCGUCGCGCUGGUGGGCGAUGUCAACGGCGACGGGCUCGGUGAUCUGGCGGUUCUCAGUGCAGGUGACGAGGCCUCGGUCUCUGUCGCACUUGCACCGGACUGGUCUGUCGUCGGUCCCUGGACCCGCACCCAACUUGGUACCCGGUGUGGCGUGCUUGCUGCAGCGGGCGAUGUCAACAGCGACGGCGUGCCCGACGUUGUUGUCGGAUGUCCUGACGCCGACGGCGGAAGCGGCCGGAUUGCUCUCCUUCUUCUUGGUUCGGACGGCCGGGCCAUAGUGAUGACGUGGGCGAGUCUGCCUGGUGUGACUCAAUUGGGGCGAAGCCUGGUUCCGCUUCCCAUCGGCGCGCUGUGCAGCGUGUACGACAGCGUGGGCUUGCUGGUUGGAACGACCAAUGCGCUCCACGUCGCCUUGCUCGAGUACUCGGGGCCCGGAAACGCGACCCUUGUCCUGCUCGACAACGUGGUGGAUGAGGCUGGCGGCUCGCCAGUGGUGGACGGCUUGCUGGGCAGCGUGAGCCGGGCCGGCGCCAAAGGGCUCGGAGCCGGGGCAGUGUAUCUCGGCUCGCGGCUUGAUCCGAGUACUGGGCUCGGCGAGGUGGCGGUUCUGGCUGCCGGCCACGGCAUGAUCCUUCCACUGGGACUCUCGCUGUCGGCACAGUACGGGUCGUGCGCUGCCGGUACAAGUAGUAGUUUCGUUGCGAGCGGCGAGCCAGCGUUAGCGUCGAUACUGUUGCUUGAUGACGACAGCGCGGUUGGCGAUGCGCUCCAAGGCACCUUACUGCGCCGUGGGAGCGGCUAG